AUGACCGGUCCAUCAACACCCGGCCAAGAAGGCCCCUCGUAUGGCCCACCCCCUCUCCCCGAAGGUUGGAUCGCGCAAUGGGAUGGCAUGUCCAAGAAAUACUACUUCGUGCAACUCUCCACCGGCGCUUCGCAAUGGGAUACCCCAACACACGCUGCGCCUACAGGUCCCACGCCCCAAGCUACUCCGCAAGGAGGACUGGAACAUCCGUAUGGAACGCCUAGUGAGGGUCCGCAAGACUUGAAUAUCAUCCAGAAUCCAGAUGGCUCGCAGAGUAUUAAGCAUGCGGACGGGACGGUGGAGCCAUAUUCGGGGGAUAGGAGUCUGACGUCUUUUGCCAUGAACCAGUUGAUGGGUGGAGGAAAGAAGCAGAAGCAGAGCCAAGGUGGGCUGGGAGGACUUGCCAGCUCGUUUCUUGGGGGCGGGUCGUCUGGGGGAAGUGGUGGUUCCAGUGGAGGCGCGGGGGGCAUUGUGGGUGCUUUGGCUGGAAGCUUACUUGGAGGUGGGAAGAAGCCGAAUAAUUCUCAGCAAUCUGGGAACUAUUCUGGUGCGCAGCAACAGCAGCAUGGCGGUGGGGCGAGUGGAUUCAUGGGGAAUAUCGGGGGAAUGUUUGGUGGACAUCAUGGUCAAGAGGAAGCAACGAGUAUGGUUAUUCUCAGCACGGAGCUGGUCAACAAGGAGGUUACUCCGGCUCCGCACCUCCAAGUUCCUACCAACCUAGCGGAGCUUCCCACACAUCCUACAACACACCCCCUCAAUCACAGCACGGCCAACCACAACACCACGACUCCCAACCAUCAUACGGCGGCCAAAACCCCUCCUAUGGUGCCCCCGCACAGCCAUCCUAUGGAGGAGCCCCCCAACACCAGCAAUCCUCAAGCUACGGCGGUUCCCCACCACCAGGCCAGCCCCCUUACGGCGGAAUCCAACACCAAGAUUCCUACGGCUCCUCCACCCGCCAUCCCACCAGCAACAGCAUCAACAAUACCAACCCCAAGGCCAAGGAAAACCCGGUCAAUACGCAUCCCCACCACACCAACCAGGCCACGGGCAAUAUCCCCCACCUCCAGGCCAGCAACAGCAAUAUCCACCCCCACCAGGUCAAUACCCCGGCCCCCCUCCCAAACCGGCCCCUCAGCAGCCUACGCCCCUCCUCCCCCAUCCUACGGCCAACCACCACAGCAUUCCGGAAACCUAAAUCAACCGCACCAUAGCCAUUUCCAGGGCAUGCAUCAUGCGGAGCAUGCGGGCGGUUUAUAUGGGAAUAGUCCGCAGCCAGGUGCAGGUGGAGGUGGAGGGCCGCCGCUCAAUAUGGGCAGUCAUCCUGGGCAUGGACAGGGACAGGUUCCGCAAUAUGGUGAGCAACAGGGACAGUAUGGUGGACAGCCACAGCAGCAGGGACAGCAGCGGUGGUAG